CACAUAUUAAUCGUUGUAAUCGACACAGCUGACUGUGUAUAUGAGCAACAUUUCUGUAAAAAUAAAUAAAAAUUGAAAAUAGAACGUUAAUUAAACAUAAUUAAAACCAAAAAGGUUUUAAAUAUAUAUACUUGUUGUUCAUUUUGGAUCUCAGGUUCCAAACAAAAGACAAGCGAAGAAAAAGUUUGGAAACCUUAAAAAUAAUAUAUAAUAAAUAAUGGGUUGCGAUGGUGGAACCAUUCCCAGGCGUGAUGAGUUGGUGCGUGUGAAGCAGAAGCCGGAACAGAAAGACAAGGAUGCAGAGCGGGAGUUCCGCUGGCGCCACUGCGCAUUGACACAGCAACGCCUUCAGGAACCGAUAGCCAUGUGCGGCAUGGGCAGGCUUUACUCCAAGCAAAGCGUAAUCGAGAGACUCCUUGAGAAAGAGCCGAUGCCCGAGACCGCGGCGCAUGUAAAGAGCAUGAAGGACAUCCGCCAGCUUAAUCCCACACCUAAUCCUGCCUUCACCGAAGAGGACAAGACAGAGGGUCUGUUGGACACACGCAAUGCUCCGUAUAUCUGCAAGCUGAUUGGCCUUGAGAUGUCCGGCAAGUUCCGCUUCGUUGCUCUGUGGAGCUGUGGAUGUGUGCUGUCCGAACGGGCAUUAAAACAGAUCAAGGGAAACGCAGCCAGCACUUGCCCGCUUUGUCAGGCUCCGUACAGCGUCGAGGACGUUGUUGUGCUCAACGGAAAUGACGAGGAUCUGGAGUUGAUGAGGGUUAAAAUGGAGAUGCGGGCAGCCAAACGCAAGUCAUCCAAGAAGGAGAAAAAGGGAGCCAAAAAGACGGAGGUUAAAACUGAACCUGAAGAGCCUCAGGAACCAGUGGCGUCAACAUCCAAGUCUGCUGCUUUAGAAAAGCCAACUACGAGCACGAAAGUCAAGGCGGUGGCCCAGCUUAAACGACUUGGCGCGGUAAACGCUAUGCAGGAUCCCGAGCUAAAGCGCCUUAAGAGCGACUUCAGCGUGGCCAAAGAUCCCAAGGCCAGUGACGUCUACAAAUCGCUUUUUACUUCGCAUAAGACCGAGAAGGAUCAGGAGCGAGCUCACUGGGUCACCUACAAUCCCUUUUACAAUUAGUCUGUAUUUAGUUUAAGUUUGCUGUUCCAAAUCAGUCAUUUGGAGACUUGUUCUUAGCCUAAUCGUAUAAACCAGACACAGUUCAAAAAUAUACAAUCGAAAAUGUA